CACGCGGUGUUGACAUCCGGAGAGCCGUUUAUCGGACGAUCUUCGCUCCGUGCAUUUGCACGAAAAGCUGGCCCGGAUAUCGACCGACCUGAAGACACGGCAAACGUCACUUCUGCUGUGUCGUUCAAAUGGGCGUCGCUGAUGUAAGUAAUCUACGACGCUCGCUGGACAUGAAACAUCUGUGUCUUUGCAAACAAGCGUCGGGUACCACACUUCCUUUACGGGAGCAGCCGCGUGGACCGUGAAGGAUCAUCCUCGUAGCGUCGGCGAUUGAACCUCGUGGUGGAGCGUCGACUGUUCAUAUUCUCCGUAUUUUCUUUUUUAAGACGAAACGAUGAUGAUGAUGAUGAUGUUGCUGCUUGUUGCUCUUCUCUGUUGUGCGACGUUUCAAAGCGUCUCCUUCGUAAUGGCUGAAGAGGAGAAUGACGUCGACAACCCACACCUUAAAAAACACGACCGUCGCUCCAGAUACCUCGAAAGUGCGAUGCACGGUAUGUACGACCUGCACUCUGGGAUACUCGACGGCGUGUACGACAAAGAAUUUCACAAACUUCUGGAGAAUGAACUCCUGGCCGAUGAGUUUCAUAUGGGAGGAAUGGAGGGAUACACUGAAGACACAGACAGCGCAUCGAAAGAAGAGGUUUGGAGACACCGCAUGGAGGACAACGACAGAGAGGGUCGACCAUCCUUCCCGCAUGAAUAAACAUGACAAUCACGUGAACAGUUUUAUAAUAAAGAGGUCCACUCAUGUGGUAAAUCAGC